AUUUCCUUAAAAAAGAAAUACUAUUUACUUGAAGCAAUUUAAAUACUAACCAAAAAAACAAACAAUUACAAGUCAAAAGAGGCACGGAGUAAGUAAUCUGAUUAAAAAAAUAAAAAAAUUAAAAUUCACCCCCAAAUCAAAUCACCCUCCAACAAUCCCCAAAAACAAAUUCAAGGCAUAUUUCAAUAAAUUUCUCAUUAUUACCCUAUUAUCUGUAAUCAGAGGAAUCUCAUCUCCAAACACUUGUAAUGAAGUUGAAUAAAUCAGCAUGGAUUGAUUGCGCCCUGCUUUUUUAGCAAAAAAAGCAGAAUUCAUUGCAAUGUUUUUGCCGCUAUAAAACAACAAUACCUCACUGUUAUUUUAUUUUUAUUUUUAUUGCUAUCUGUCUGCAUCUGUUUCACUACACGUAAGAGUUUUGCAGUGUGUGUAUAAAGGACGAGGUGCGGCGCCCUUCUCUCGGUUUUAUCAACGGUUGCGGUGGCAGACGGCGGCUCCGGUCACUCUCUCAUACUCGCGGAAUUCCAAGAGACUCAGGGGCAGUCAAUUGGCUCGGUGGGUGUGAGAUUCAAUUGGAGAGGUUAGGGUUAGUGUUUGAUGUGGAGGAGGAUUGGAAGUUGAAACCCUAGGGUUCAGGUGAUGGAUGAGGAGAAGAAGAAAAUGGGUUUGAAAAGAAAGUCUAAACCUGUGGAAAUAGCUGUUGAUUCAGAUGACGACGAGCUUAUUGGGACACUUUUAAAGAUGAAAAGCAAAAGAAAUUCCAAGAAAAGUAAGUUGGUUGCGGAUCGUGGCGGAAACAAGGUUAAAGGGUCUGAGGAUGAAGAAUUAGGUGGGAUGGAUGACACAUUGGCAAUUUUUAGGAAGAAAUUGAGGGGUCCAAAAAAGGAUGGUGGAUCUGCAAUAGAGGCUGCGAAAGAAUCGAGCACAAGUAUAAAGGAGCCAUCUCACAACGAGUCUGUGAAGGAUCAGGAGUUAGAUCCAAAUUUAAUUUCUGUAGGUGGAUCAUCUGGGAAAUCAACAGUCAUGGAGGGUUUAAAAGCGAAGGGUAAAAUGAAAAAUAAGAGAUCCAGGGUCGAUAUAGAUAUAAAGAUGAUUGGGAACUCUGUCGAUUGCAGUAGAUCUGGAAAUAAUGAACUGCAGCAUAAAAAAGAAGGUAAUGCAGAGUCUGAGGGUGAAGCUUUUGAGGAUUCCUUGUCUGCCUUUUAUCAGAAGGUGCAGUCAGGGAUGAUUUGGAAAUCUCAUGGUUCUUCGAGAUUGAAGCAGGGAAAGGGAACUCAAGUGUCCGAUGAUGGGCCAAAGCAGAAUUCAGGUGCUGACUCCGAGGGUCCUGAUGGGAAAUCUCCGCCCGCUUCAAAACUGGUCAAGAAAUUACUUGUGACUGAUGACAAUAGGGUUGUAGUUCCUGCUGGGCAGGAUUCCAUAAAGUCAACCUCGAAUUGUCGGAGUGUUGAUGAUAGUUUACCAGAAGGCGGAAAUCGGACCGUGGGGAAUCCAACUGACUCAGACCAAGGGCUUUCUUCUGGUAUACCAGAUAUGAAUCACAUAUGGAGAUCCAACGAGGACUUAGGUGAUUUAUCUAGAGAAGUAGGAGUAGAAGAUGGUAAAAUUAACUCUGAAGCCAUUGGGGAUGAACCAAGUCCGACUAAUGAUAUCAUCGACAUAAACAAUGAGGUACUCAAUUAUGUGGAAGCAAAGGAUUCGGUGGUGUCAACAUCCUUGUGCGAAGGCAUAGCAAAAAAUAGUGCUGACGUGAAAAUAGAUAGCGGGCUCGAUACUGCCUUGGAUUCAAAAAGUUGCAGCCAAGUUCAGCUCCAUUCAUCACUAUCUGCAUUUCCUAGGUUGCAGAAGGAACAUCCAUCCGGAGAUCCUGCACCACCAUGUUCUUCACAAGAGGCAGAUGACAGGGUAUGCGAGUGUAGCUCACCAGUAAAAGUUGUUAGUGAAUCGGAACGUGUAUUCCCUGAAGGUCAAUGCCCAAAAAACUACAAUCCUUCUGAGGAUGAAGAGGCUAAUGGAAGCUGUGCAGAAGAAAUAGGAUCUAUAGCUGGUCCUGAAAGUAAAGAAAAUAGUCUUACAGUUGGCCAGCGAGCUGCACGUAAUGCCAAAAAGCACAGGCACGGGGACAUGGCUUAUGAGGGUGAUGUUGAUUGGGAAGUUCUGAUGCAAGGCCAAGAAUUUUUCGUAAGCAACCAGAAUGUGGAUAGAACAAGAGAGAAACUCAAUUCAUCACCUACUGCUUUGGAUGCUGAAAAUGGAAAAGUAGCAGCUGUAGCGGCAGGACUAAAAGCUCGUGCAGCUGGUCCCCUUGAAAAAAUCAAGUUCAAGGAAGUGUUGAAGCGCAAAGGUGGACUACAAGAAUAUUUGGAGUGCAGGAACAACAUUUUGAGGGUAUGGAACAAAGAUGUCAGACGCAUGUUAUCGCUCGCUGACUUUGGAGUGUCUGGCGCUCCUUCGAUGGGUGAAAGCCCACGCACUUCUCUCCUUAGAGAUAUCUUUACCUUUCUUAACCAUUGUGGUUAUAUAAAUUUUGGAGUGCCUUUAGAAAAAGAGAAGGUAGAAAACUUCAUCAAGCACGACUUGAAACUUUUUACAGAGACGAAGUUUGAAGAAACUUCUGGACUUCCUGGUGCCGAUUCAGAUGAUCCAGGGAAGCAAAAGAUUUCAAAGACUUCCAUCAAGGAAAACAAUGAUGGUGCAUUUGCUGAUGGAAACCUGGAAGGGAAAACUAUAACAGGACAUGAACUUCUCAAUCUCGAGGCUUUAGAUUCAUCUGCCCUUUGUGUCCCUGAAGGAUGCCUUCCUGAUGAUGGUCAAGGAGUCCAUUCUCUCGACACUAUACCUCUCAAAGAAACUGUUAGUUCAGAUUGUUUGGUUUCAAUUCCUUCCUGCGAAGAUGUAAAUGGCAAAACAGUUCCUGCUGUCGAUCCAGAUGUACUUCCUUCCGAUGAAGCAGUGUGUGCUAUACCCACAACGCUCCCCAAAGGCAGCUCUGAUAUUCUGUCGGAGUCCAUGGACUGUGCAUAUACUCCUACACUAUAUGAUUCUGGACCAAGAAGGAACAUAAUAGUUGUAGGAGCUGGUCCUGCUGGUUUGACUGCUGCUCGCCAUUUGCAACGCCAAGGUUUCAAUGUUAUAGUGCUUGAGGCUAGGAGCAGAAUAGGAGGUCGUGUUUUUACUGAUCGAUCAUCUUUAAGUGUUCCCGUAGAUCUUGGAGCUAGCAUCAUCACUGGUGUGGAGGCAGAUGUGGCCACUGAAAGAAGACCUGAUCCUUCGUCGUUGAUUUGUGCUCAGUUGGGACUCGAGUUGACUGUAUUGAACAGUGACUGUCCGCUAUAUGAUACUGUGACUGGUCAGAAAGUCCCUGCAGAUCUGGAUGAAGCAUUGGAAUCAGAAUAUAAUAGCCUACUUGAUGACAUGGAACUGCUAGUUGUUGAGAAGGGGGAACGUGCCAUGAAAAUGUCUCUUGAAGAAGGUUUAGAAUACGGUCUUAGAAGGCGGCGUAUGGCCAAUUCUCCGCUACAUGACAUGGAAAUAAUAUCCGGUAAAUCUGAAGACACUCCUGUUGCUGUUGAAAGGUCUUCCAUGGAUGAUGAAACCUCCAAAGAUCAGGUUUCUAAAUCAGAGGGCCUGAGUCCUCUUGAAAGGAGAGUCAUGGAUUGGCAUUUCGCCCACUUAGAGUAUGGUUGUGCGGCGUUGCUGCAAGAAGUCUCACUACCAAACUGGAAUCAGGAUGACGUAUACGGAGGAUUUGGUGGAGCUCAUUGUAUGAUUAAAGGAGGUUACAGUGCUGUUGUUGAAUCUCUUGGAGAAGGAAUCUGCGUUCACUUCGACCAUGUCGUCACAGAUAUUUCAUAUUGCACAAAUGAUUGUGAGGCAGACAGUAAACUGCAUAACAAGGUUAAAGUUUCAAUAUCAAACGGCAAGGAGUUCUCAGGAGAUGCAGUCCUGGUCACAGUGCCACUUGGGUGCCUGAAAGCGGAGAGUAUCAAAUUUUCACCACCAUUGCCCGAAUGGAAAUAUUCAUCCAUCAAGAGGCUUGGGUUUGGCGUUCUAAAUAAGUUAGUCCUGGAAUUUUCUGAAGUAUUUUGGGAUGAAACCAUUGAUUAUUUUGGUGCUACUGCUGAAGAUAGAGAUCAGCGGGGCCGGUGCUUUAUGUUCUGGAAUGUCAAGAAAACAGUUGGGGCGCCUGUUCUUAUCGCCUUGGUUGUUGGUAAGGCUGCAAUAGAUGGCCAAAGUAUUAGCUCUUCAGAUCAUGUGAGUCAUGCAUUGCUUAUUCUCCGGAAACUAUUUGGGGAAGAGAAGGUUUCUGAUCCCGUUGCAUCUUUAGUGACCGACUGGGGAAACGACCCUUAUAGUUAUGGUGCUUACUCAUAUGUUGCCGUGGGGUCGUCUGGAGAAGAUUAUGAUAUUCUGGGAAGGCCUGUAGAUAACUGUUUAUUUUUUGCUGGUGAAGCGACAUGCAAGGAGCAUCCUGACACUGUUGGUGGUGCAAUGAUGAGUGGGCUUCGAGAGGCCGUACGCAUUAUUGAUAUAUUCAAUACAGGAACUGAUUACACCGCAGAAGUGGAGGCCAUGGAGGCUGCAAAAAGACAUUUGGAUAUUGAAAGGAGUGAAGUAAAGGAUAUUAUCAGGAGACUUGAUGCUGUAGACUUCUCAAAAAUUUUGUACAAGAAGUCUUUGGAUGGGUCCCAGAUUUCCAGUUGGGGCUCGAUGCUAAAGGAUAUGUUUUUCACUGCAAAAACCACAGCUGGGAGAUUGCAUCUAGCUAAAGAGUUGCUAAACCUUCCUGUUGGAGUUUUGAAAACCAUUGCUAGCACUAAAGAAGGGCUCAGCACCCUUAACUCAUGGAUUCUGGAUUCCAUGGGGAAGGAUGGAACCCAGCUCUUGCGCCAUUGCGUCCGACUACUUGUACUUGUUUCAAAUGAUUUACUUGCAGUUCGUUUAUCAGGUGUUGGAAAAACGGUAAAGGAGAAAGUCUGUGUACAUACCAGUCGUGAUAUACGAGCGAUAGCUAGCCAGCUUGUGAGCGUUUGGGUUGAACUUUUUCGCAAGGAAAAGGCUUCUAAAAGGGGACUUAAACUUCUUAGGCAGUCAGCUUCUCUGGAUUUGAAGAGCAAAUCGCCACCAGUUUUUGCAAAACCACCACUGCGCACUAAGAAAGUGGUUGAGGAGCCUGUUGAAUCGGUAAAUGCCAUGGAGGAGGACAAUCGUGAAAUUCCCAUGUCUGAAGAAGAAAAGGCUGCCUUCGCUGCUGCAGAAGCAGCCCGUGCUGCGGCCAUUGCUGCUGCCAAGGCAUAUGCUUCUUCUGGUGCCAUCCGUAAUUCAUCACUGCAGCCUCCCAAGAUUCUCUCAUUUCACAAAUUUGCCAUGCGUGAACAGUAUGCCCAUAUGGAUGAGCCUGACAUUAGAAAAAACUGGUCUGGCGCUGCACUAGGAAGGCAAGAUUGUUUGUCUGAAAUUGAUUCCAGAAACUGCAGGGUGAGAGAUUGGUCAGUUGAUUUCUCAGCCACUGGUGUCAACCUGGAGAGUUCAAAAAUGUCGAUUGAUAAUCGUUCACAGCGGAGUCAUUCUAAUGAGAUUGCUAAUCAGUUGAACAUCAGAGAGCAUUCUGGAGAAAGUGUAGCUGUAGAUAGCAGUUUAUUGACAAAAGCAUGGGUUGAUAGUGCUGGUAGCAUAGGGAUAAAAGAUUACAAUGCUAUUGAAAGAUGGCAAUGUCAAGCAGCAGCUGCUAGUUCGGGCUUCUCUCAUGGGACAAUGCACUUAACAGAUGAGGAGGAUUCAAACAUGAGUUCACAAUCGCGCAAGUGGAAACACGAGGCACCAGCUAAUGAGAGCUCUGCCUCACAAGUGACAACAAAUAAAGAAACAAAAGGCAAUCAACUUAGAGGAACAGAGCAUAUUAAACAGUCAGUUGUGGAUUAUGUGGCUUCAUUACUCAUGCCUCUUUAUAAAGCAAGGAAAAUUGAUAGGGAAGGUUACAAGUCAAUAAUGAAGAAAACUGCUACCAAGGUAAUGGAGCAAACAACCGAUUCCGAGAAAUCAAUGGCUGUUUUUGAGUUUCUUGAUUACAAACGCAAGAACAAGAUUCGAGCAUUUGUAGACAUGCUGAUUGAGAGGCAUAUGGCAACGAAGACCAAUGCCAAAUCAGGAUCUUCUGGAAAGGAUUAACUGGUGCUCCUGUACACAAGAUUGAAAGGGUUGACUUGUUAAAUUAUGGUCCAAUUAACUUAAGAUUUCUGAUCACUCCAAAGUCUGUGGUGAAUCCUACUUCUUUACUUCAAAAGUUGGGAGUAGCUAUCAUUCUCAGUGCAGAUAUGACUAUAUCAUGACAACUUAGCAAAUGGCUCAAAGUUUGGACAUGCUUGCCAUGCAGAUCUAUUUAUUUUCCGCCCUCCAUUUGCCAAAUAGUCCUGUUAAUAUGGGCUGCUUUUUGAAAUUUGUUCCUUAAAAUUAAAACUUGUAUCUUUAGGGUAGAAAGAGCCGAUCCCUAACUUUUUUCUCCCAGACUCAGAAGAGAAAUGAUUUUCUGAACUUUUUGAAUUGUUGUACAGUUUAGAAUUGUUUCUUGGAAACAAAUAUACAGGAUUCUCCUUACUAGCA